GACGAGGCUCGGCGGCGUCCGCGGCCCGGCACGCAUUUCCGUAGUGAACAGCUGCCACCGGCUGCCGCCCCGGGUUCCCUGACUUGCAGGCGCGGGCGCGGCGAAACGCGCGGCAUGGGGAAGGCCAGGCCGCGCGCGGCGCGGAGGCCGGCUCCUCGGGCGCCGGCGGGGGCGCGCGGGAGCGCGGCGCGGGCCAACCCCAACCCGUUCGAGGUGAAGGUCAACAGGCAGAAGUUCCAGAUCCUGGGCAGGAAGGCGCGCCACGACGUGGGGCUGCCCGGCGUGGCUCGCGCGCGGGCCAUCAGGAAGCGUACACAGACUCUACUAAAGGAGUACAAAGACAGGGAUAAGUCCAAUGUGUUUACAGAUAAACGCUUUGGGGAGUACAACAGCAACAUAAGCCCAGAGGAAAAGAUGAUGAAGAGGUUUGCUCUGGAACAACAGCGACAUCAUGAGAAAAAAAGUAUUUACAACCUAAACGAAGAUGAAGAAUUAACCCAUUAUGGCCAGUCUUUAGCAGACAUCGAAAAGCAUAAUGACAUCGUGGAUAGUGACAGUGAUGCUGAGGAACGAGGAAUGUUGUCUGCUGAGUUGACUGCCGCCCACUUUGGAGGUAGGGGACUCCUUCACAAGAAGACGUCUCAGCAGGAAGGUGAAGAAGGGGGAAAACCAAAGUCACGGAAAGAACUGAUUGAAGAGCUCAUUGCAAAGUCAAAGCAAGAGAAGAGAGAGAGACAGGCACAACGAGAAGAUGCCCUUGAGCUCACAGAGAAGCUGGACCAAGACUGGAAAGAAAUCCAGACCCUCCUAUCCCACAAAACUCCCAAGUCAGAGAAGAAGGAGAAAAAAGAAAAUCCUAAGCCUGAUGCCUACGACAUGAUGGUUCGUGAGCUUGGCUUUGAAAUGAAGGCACAACCCUCUAACAGGAUGAAAACGGAAGAGGAGCUGGCCAAGGAGGAGCAGGAGCGGCUCAGGAAGCUGGAGACUGAACGACUUCGAAGAAUGCUUGGAAAGGAGGAUGAAAGUGUGAAGAAACCAAAACACAUGUCAGCAGAUGAUUUAAACGAUGGCUUCGUGCUGGACAAAGAUGAUAGGCGCUUGCUUUCUUACAAAGAUGGAAAGAUGAAUGUUGAGGAAGAUGUCCACGAAGAACUAAGCAGGGAAACCGGAAGCCACGGGAACAACGAGGAAGAGAGUGAAGAUGAAAGCGGGGACCCAGACAGCCACUCAGACCUGGACUCUAGUGCAGAGAGUGGGGACCCAGACAACCACUCAGACCUGGACUCUAGUGCAGAGAGUGGGGAGGAAAAUAAGAAGCCACAGAGAGAGCAAGGGCAGACUCCUGGGAAGAGACUGAGAAGUGACCAGAACACUCCAAAAGCUGCCAGAGCUGAGCUGCCCUACACCUUCGCAGUAGCUCCUGAAUCCUACGAGGAGCUGAGAUCUGUGUUAUCGGGAAGAUCAAUGGAAGAGCAGCUUUUGGUGGUGGAGCGAAUUCAGAAAUGCAACCAUCCAAGUCUCGCAGUGGGAAACAAGGAAAAAUUAGAAAAACUGUUUGGCUUCCUUUUGGAAUAUGUUGGAGAUUUGGCUACAAGUGAUCCACCAAACCUCAAAGUAAUUGAUAAGUUGGUUGUGCAGUUAUAUAAUCUCUGCCAGCUGUUUCCCGAGUCUGCAAGCAGCUCCAUGCAGUUUGUUCUCCGAGAUGCCAUGCACGAGAUGGAAGAAAUGAUCGAGACCAAAGGCCGUGCAGCAUUUCCAGGCUUGGAUGUGCUUAUUUAUUUGAAGAUCGUCGGGCUGUUGUUUCCAACCUCUGACUUCCGGCACCCGGUCGUGACCCCUGCCCUCAUGUGCCUGAGCCAGCUGCUCACAAAGUGCCCAGUGCUGUCACUACAAGACGUGGUGAAAGGCCUCUUUGUGUGCUGCUUGUUUCUGGAAUGCGUGGCUUUGUCUCACAGGUUCAUACCUGAAGUUAUUAAUUUUCUUCUUGGGAUUCUGUACAUAGCAACUCCAAACAAGCAGAGCCAAGGUUCCACUCUGGUGCACCCUUUCAGAGCGCUUGGGAAGAAUUCCGAAUUGCUCUUGGUCUCUGAUGCAGAGGAUGUGGCCACGUGGCAGAGGGGAAGCCUCCCCCUGCGCUGGGCAAGUGGGCCGAGGGCCCCGACGGCAACCGAGGCCAACCACGCCAGACUGUCCUGCCUGGCUGUGUGUCUGGCUCUGCUCAGGCACUGCACCAUCAUAUAUGGCACACUGCCAUCCUUCCACGCUGUCACCAGGCCCCUCCAGGCCCUCCUGACACAGCACCUGACAGACUGCAGCCACCCACACGAGCUCCAGGAGCUGUUUCAAAGCACACUGGCAGAGAUGGAAAACCAAAAGCAGCUCUACCGGCCGCUGCUCUGUGAGAAGAGCAAGCCAGUCCCGCUAAAGUUGUUCACCCCUCGGCUGGUCAAAGUCCUGGAGUUUGGAAGGAAACAAGGCAGCAGCAAGGAAGAACAGGAAAGGAAAAGGCUGAUCCACAAACACAAGCGGGAGUUCAAGGGUGCUGUCCGGGAAAUCCGCAAGGACAACCAGUUCCUGGCUAGGAUGCAGCUCUCAGAGAUCAUGGAACGGGAUGCGGAAAGAAAGCGAAGAGUAAAGCAGCUUUUUAAUAGCCUGGCCACACAGGAGGGUGAAUGGAAGGCUCUGAAAAGGAAGAAGUUCAAAAAAUAAAGUGUUCUGUAAAUGAGG